UCGCAACCCUCGCAAGUUUAGAUGUGUACAGAGCUGGAUUGAAGAGGAGGAUUUAAAUAGUUCUCGUAAUUACAACGUCCUUCAAGUGGCAGUCAACUUUGAGGAGUGAAAUAGUUCUGUGAUUUUGGUCAAAUUUUUCAAAUUCGGAUCCAAUUUCCCAUUUCGUUUACUAUAAAUCCAAUUUUUAACACUAGUGUAAUAAAGAUGCGUAUAUUCUGGUUGUGGGGGACGUUCGUGAUUUUGUUCUUGGUCAAAUGUGAAGGACAAUUUCCUUCGCAGACCGGAAGGGUGGCUACUGGAGACCAUGUGACCGAGAUUCUCAACAACAUACGCCAAAGCUAUGAUAAACGAGUACGGCCUAAUUAUGGAGGAGAGCCUGUCGAUGUGGGAAUAACCAUGUACGUAUUGAGCGUUUCAUCCGUCUCGGAAGUAAAUAUGGAUUUCACCAUGGAUUUUUACUUCCGACAAAGCUGGAACGACCCACGACUCAGCUUUAAGGGGCAGCCAGGACUUCGAAGUAUAACUGUGGGGACUGAAUUUUUAAAAACCAUUUGGAUUCCGGACACUUUCUUCGUCAACGAGAAGAUGUCGUAUUUCCACACAGCCACCGCGCCCAAUGAAUUCCUUCGCAUAUCCGAAUCCGGCGAUAUCAUGAGAUCAAUAAGAUUGACCGUAACAGCGUCGUGUCCCAUGAAUCUGAGAAACUUUCCAAUGGACACUCAACGCUGCCGGUUGGAAAUGGAGAGCUUCGGCUCCAACAUGUCGGAUAUUCGGUACAGUUGGGCGAAGGGUGUUGAUUCCGUUGGAGUAGCGGGAGAUGUUUCACUCCCUCAAUUUAAAAUUGUAGGCCACCGUCAACUAGUAAAUGAGGCAUCAUUGGGCUCUGGAAAUUAUUCCCGAUUGGAGUGCGAACUGGUGUUCGAGAGAUCGCUGGGAUAUUACCUCCUUCAAAUUUAUUGUCCUGCCACGCUUAUUGUGUUGAUUUCGUUCGUAACUUUCUGGAUCAAUAGGAACGCUACGACUGCUCGAGUUGCUUUGGGCAUUACGACGAUUUUGACCAUGACAACGUUGAUGUCUUCUGUGAACGCUUCUCUCCCAAAGAUUUCCUACAUUAGGAGUUUGGACGUUUUCCUUGGAACUUGUUUCGUAAUAACGUUUGCUGCUUUACUGGAAUUUGCGACGGUCGGCUAUGUCGGAAAGCAGAUCGAGAUGAGGAAAGAGGAAGACGAUGCGGAAGGAGGAAACGCAAAUGGGACCAAUGCUAAAAAAGUGGGGAAAUGGGGCGGCGUUGCACCGGCGGAUCUUGACAGAUAUUCAAGGAUCCUGUUCCCUGCAAUCUUCGCUUGUUUCCAAUUUCUAUACUGGGUGAUUUGUCUCAACAUUUCGGACGAUUGAGCUGGUCGAUCUGGUCCAUUGUAGAAACAAGCAUCUCCUACGUCGUACAUAUGUACGUAGAUGCCUUGUCGUUAAGUUUGCCAAUACUUUGCUACACCUCAUAAUAAUCAGAAUCAUCCACUUACGUUAUUUAAGAAUUAUUUAUCCCUACAACAUGAUCGGCGUCUAAAAAGUAUAAUGAAAUGAAACUAAGCUUCUUAAAGUUCCCAUGCUUAUGCACAGGUAUGUAGUACAUGGAUGUGAAUUAUGAAAUUCAACUGUUUGAGAUGAAUAAAUUAAAAUUUAAAAUAAUAGAAA